AGAAACGUCAAACUGCUAGUCAGCUGAAAAGGAUUUUUGAUGCUUUGAAACAUUUAACGGGCAAUUCAUAACACAAGCAACAUGUUGAGAACAUUCAAUCUUUUAGCGGGGUUUGCAAAAUCCACCGGGAGUGUUAUAUCAUCACAUCUCCACCGGCCAGUCUAUUCGUUGAAUCAAAACAUCAACAACAUCGGGGCCAUCAAUCUACUAGUGCAGCAUUGCUCCACAAAAUCAGCAGUGGUCAGCUCGAAAGAAACUCCCCCGCCGGAAGAUGAGUCCAAGAGUACCAACUGGAAUACGAUUUACCACUUUCCAUCGAUCAUGCUUACUGCCUCCGUGAAGCGACUCAAAUUUUAUCCUUUGGUUGUUACCGGCAUAAGCGUGCCGGUUUCAAUGGCACUGGCGUACGCUGAUAUUUGGAGCAUGACAACGGCAGAAGUGGUCGGAGCAAUUGGAUUCACUACUUCGUUGACACUCACGCUGUUCGGUUUACUAACCGAUAACCUAAUUGGAUUCGUGUACUGUGAUGACCGCUUGAGUAAGGUGAAAAUUUCUUUCCUGGACUCGAAGGGGAAGCGACAGAAUCGCAUCUACGCGGUAGAUGAUCUAGUUUCGCGCUCAGAACUACCGAAAUCGUUGUUAAAAAUGUAUUUCCCGGUCAAAAAUCAUGAAAAUGGAGAUACAUAUAAGCUAGUGCACCAGUACGGUGAAAUCUAUGAUGUGCACGCGUUCAACAAAGUGUUUGGACAUGAAGUUAUAAGCAAAUAAUUUAUAAUAAGUACCAUUUGAAUUGAAUAAAAUAGCUUUAGC